AUGUGUCAUGAUUGCGCAGUAAUUGUGCCGUUUAGAUUACCCUCUCGCCGCCUUCCUAUCCCGCCUCACUCGUCCUCCCGACUCACUCGUCCUCGCGCCGUCCGUCCCGACGCCGUCCCGUCGCCCGAAUUGUCGCCUCCAUCGACGUCGCCCUCGCUAUCUUCCGUCGCGGCCCUCCCCUCAGUUCGCGUCGCCACGCUAUCUCUCCCCUCCCCUCCCAUCGCCUUUCCUCUCCCGUCGCCUUUCCUCUCCCGUUGCCCUUCCACCGUCGCUUUCCUCUCCCUUCGCCUUUCCUCUCCCGUUGCCCUUCCUCUCCCGUCGCUUUCCUCUCCUGCCGCCCUUCCUUCUCUCCCGCCGCCCUUCCUUCUCUCCCGUUGCCCUUCCUCUCCCGUCGCUUUCCUCUCCCGCCGCCCUUCUUUCUCUCCCGCCGCCCUUCCUUCUCUUCCGUCGCCCUUCUCUCCCGUUGCCCUUCCUCUCUCCCGUCGCCCUUUCUUUCUCCCGUCUCCUAUCCUCUCUCCCGUCACCCGUCUUCUCUCCCGUCGCCCCUCCCCUCCCGUCUUCCUCUCUUCCGUCGCCCUUCAUCUCUCCCGUCCCAUCAUCCACCUCGGCAUCGCCCAUUGUAUCCACCCGGUUCAUCACCGACCUCGUCGCCUUCACUCUUGCUAUGUAAUGCCCUCUCUGCGCCCUUCCUCCCUCCCCUCACAAUCUGUCUUUCCUCCCCGCCUCCCGUUCCUCUCUCCCCUUCCAUCCUGUCGUUCCUCUCUACCCUCCCAUCCCGUCGUUCCUCCUCUCUACCCUCCCAUCCCGUCUUUUCUCUCUCCCCUCCCAUCCCGUUGUUCCUCCUCUCUUCCCUCCUAUCCCGUCGUUCUUCCUCCCUCCCCUCCCAUCCUGUCGUUCCCCCUCUCUCCCCUUCUCUCCCGUCGGCCCCCUUGUCCCCAGUCCCUUCUCUUCGGCGUCGACCAAUCAACCGUCUCGACACCCUUCCUCUUUUCGUACAUCAUUCAUUUCUUUAUUUCUAUCUUCUUCGCCUGA